AUGGCCGAGCCCCCUAGUUCCCCGGGGACUGCGCGCUGCUUUCCCGAAGCUCACGCCGACUUCCCCGCACACCUGCAGGCCGGCGCGAUGCGGCGCCGCUUCUGGGGCGUGUUCAACUGCAUGUGCGCGGGCGCUUUCGGGGCCCUGGCCGCCGCCGCCGCCAAGCUGGCCUUCAGCCGCGAGGCCAGCCUGGCCUUCUCCGUCUUUGCCAUCAUCAUGAUGGGGGCCACCAACACGCUGAUGUGGACGUUCUUUAACCGUGGUCUCACCUUCUCCAUGUCUUCAGCUGUGGCAUCUGUCACCGUGACCUUCUCCAACAUCCUCAGCUCGGCCUUCCUGGGCUACAUGUUGUAUGGAGAGUGCCAGAAGGUGCUGUGGUGGGGGGGCGUGUUUCUCAUUCUCUGCGGACUCACCCUGAUCCAUCGAAUCCUCCCACCCACCCCUGAGGACUCAAUACACAAGAGGAAGUAGUAGCAGCUGGUGGAUGAGGGACCCUUUGGAGGGACCCCAGUGCUGACUCUGGCUGGGACAGGCUUCCUGGGGGUGCAACCUAUGGCUGUCAGAAGAGGGAGAUGCCACCCAGCCCUGGGAAAGCAGCUUCGGAGUGGACCACACUGUCACCACCCUGUCACCAGCCACAUCAGCCUCAGCGUCCUGCCAGAACCUUCCAGAGACAACUGGACGGUGCUCCUGAUCCUCCUGUUCUCAGGCUGGAAGAGCGCUGGGAAUCUGCGGGGUCACUUUGCUUCGCCUAUGGUGCUGGUCCUGUUGGCUGACAGGUGGUUCCCAGGAUGUGAUG